AUUAUCCUUCACCAAAAGGACGGUGUGGCGGUAAGAUGGAUGCAGAGGGUAGAGUGGAUUUGGUUCAAUUGAAUCCAUGGAAUGCCUUGAUUCAGUGCCCUCUUUGCUCGACUUCGAUUCACGUAGCCAUGGAAGUAGAUGGAAGUAAAUCUUAUGCGGUGGCGCUCUAGACGAAGAGAUUUCCUAUGAAUCAGGUAGGGUAGACAAGACCCGAGAGCGUUUUGGGUCGUUUCUUGGAUCCUAAAAGAGUCCAGGAGCCAAGGAAAAAUUUUAGGGCAGGAAGUUGCUUUGGGCCUCGGUUUGGGCCUCGCAAGAAUUCAGAAGAGAGAUGGGCUGGUACCUCUAACAACUCUAAUUGAGGGCACACUGAGAAAAGAAAAUAUAGUAGGGAGGAGAAAGCGAAAUGGGUCGUUGAUCCGGGGCUUUAGCCCAAGGAUAUCGAUGCCCAAUGGGCGAAGCUUCACUAAGAGGGGUUGGUGGAGACCUGUCAAUAGCAUCCCUACCAGAGGAGAAACUUCGGGUCAGAACUUAGGGCAACAUAAGGGACGAGCAGGGGAAAAUGAAGGUGCUAUCGUGGAAAAGCAGAAGGAAGAGGAGGUGAGUGGAGUGGAGAAAGGUGAGUUGCUUCAAUGUUGGGAGACAGAUGAUAGAUUUGAAGAGGUUGACCAUGUAAGUUCUUAUGCAUCUAUGGAUAAGGAGAUGGGAACGAAAGGAGAUGAGGGGCUUCUAGCCAGGGAGGAUGGUAGAAAGCUGGCUCUGAUGAUUGUUGAUGAUGAAAUUUUACCUCUUGACUCUAAGGGUGACGUUAGGGAAAGGGCGUUCAGCUGCGAUGAUGAGGUUCGUGGAGUUGAAGAGGACACUGCGAGUUCAACUUGGAUGCUCCAGAACGCUCAAAAGCUUAGUAGAGCGAUGGGUGUGUCGUUCGAGGGCUUGGAAGACCAGAUGGCAAAGGAGUUGGAUGCAAUAUUGGAUCAUGGAGAGGCUAAUCGCGCUGGGAGUUGUGUAACUGAAAAUGGUUCUGUGUCAUUCCUUGAGCAAAUCAUUUGUCCUAUAUAUGAUACAAUGUCAGCAGAAGCAGCUAGAAACAACAAUGGGAAAGCUGCACAUUCAGCAUGGCGGAACUAUGAUGAUUUCAACGAAUACUUUUGGUCUCCUGCUUGUUUUGAGUUAAACUGGCCUAUGAGGAGGGAUUCACGGUUCUUAUUGAAGCCAAAGAAAUGGAGAAGGACUGGGAAAAGCAGUUUUGUCGAGCACAGGACAUUCCUUCAUCUGUUCCGUAGUUUCCACCGUCUAUGGAUCUUUAUGGCUUUAAUGUUCCAGGCUUUGACAAUUAUAGCAUUCAGACAUGGACAAAUUGAUUUGGAUACCUUUAAGAUAUUGCUUAGCAUUGGGCCUACGUUUGGUAUUAUGAACUUUGUAGAGAGUUGUCUUGAUGUUCUGCUUAUGUUUGGGGCUUAUACCACGGCAAGAGGCAUGGCUAUCUCCAGGCUGGUUAUUAAAUUCUUCUGGUGUGGCUUGACUGCUGUUGCUGUGACAUAUGUUUAUGUGAAGCUUCUGGAGGAAAGAAAUCAGACAAAUUCAAAUUCACUCUACUUUCGGAUAUAUAUACUAGUAUUGGGUGUUUAUGCGGCUUUGCGUGUUAUCUUCACACUAUUACUUCAGUUUCCAGCAUGCCAUACUUUGUCUGAAAUGUCUGAUCAAUCGUUCUUUCAGUUUUUUAAAUGGAUUUAUCAGGAACGAUACUAUGUUGGACGUGGUCUUUUUGAGAGGCUAAGUGAUUAUUGCAGGUAUGUAGCAUUUUGGUUGGUGAUCUUUGUAUGCAAAUUCACAUUUGCUUACUUUCUCCAGAUCAGACCACUUGUCAAACCCACCAAUAUUAUUGUUGGUCUUAGAGAUGUUAAAUAUUCGUGGCAUGAUUUGAUCUCAAAGAGUAAGUAUGUUCUUUUCAAUGAGAUAAGAGUGAGUUUAUUUCGUCUUUUAUAA